GGGAAGACUGGAGGGAUCUGUGUGAGAGAAACACGCUUCCUGAUACAAAGCUGCUCUGACUGGUCAUUACUUGAAGACAUGGGGACCUACAAGCUAAAGAUCGCAACAGGAGAGGACCUGGGUGCUGGAACCUGUGACCAAGUCUUUAUUGUUCUUGUGGGAGUCCUGGGAGAAAGUGCUAAACAUCAUCUGAAUUAUAAGUGGAGUAACUUCAGACCUGGAGCAGUAACUGACUUUGAAGUUGACACUGAGAAAGAUCUUGGAGAGCUUCUGCUGGUUCGUCUAUCCACAAUGACCUACAAGAGUUUGAAUGCAGUUGCUUGGUACUGCCAGUAUGUCAAUGUGACCUGCCCUAAUGGUCAUCUCUACCAGUUUCCUUUUUAUCAAUGGUUACCUAGUGGAAUGACUGUGGAAAUACCAGAGGGAAAGGGUAUUGUAUUAUCCAAGAAUACUCACCCUCUUCUCCAGCAACAACGGAGAGCAGAACUAGAGAUGAAGAGAGAAAAUCACAAGUGGAAAUGCGAGAUAGAUGGAAUCCCUCACCGCAUUAAUGUAGACAAGGUUGAGGAUCUGCCCAUUAACGACCAGUACUCCUUCUUAAAACUGAGCAGUUUCAACUACUCCAAGACAGCCACGGGACUUGAACAGAUGCAGGAAGGUUUCACUGCUGCAGAACCAUGGACUGAUCUAGAUGAUAUCAAACUGGUCUUCUGUCUGACAAGAUUUGGUAACUUUGAUGUGAUAGAUGAGCUAUGGAAGGAGGAUUCCUUCUUCGGUAGUCAAUAUUUGAAUGGAAAUAACCCUAACCUAAUAAGGAAAUGCUCCAAAAUCCCGGAGAACUUCCCAGUUACUAAUAACAUGGUGGCUGCAUCUCUGGGGACCACAACCAGUCUUCAGAAAGAACUAGAGAUAGGCAACAUCUUCCUGGCAGAUUACAAGAUUCUGCAGGGGGUCCCUGCCAAUAAAUCCAUAAAUGGACAGCAACAAUACAUGGCUGCUCCUAUUUGUCUACUGUGGAAAACUCCUCAAGAUCAACUUGUCCCAAUAGCCAUCCAGUUGUCUCAAAUCCCAGGAGAGAAUGCUCCAAUCUUCCUGCCCAGUGACUCUGAAUCUGACUGGUUACUGGCCAAGAUCUGGGUCCGCAAUUCUGACUACCAGGUGCAUGAGGUGGUCACUCACCUUCUCUAUACUCAUCUCUUUGCUGAGGUCUUCAACAUUGCAACCACCAGACAACUUCCAAUGAGCCACCCAGUGUACAAGCUAAUUAUUCCACAUCUUCGUUACACCCUUGAGACCAAUGUCCUUGGCAGAGCUAUUCUCUUUAAUCCUGGAGCCCUUUUUGAUCAGGUUAUAGGAUCUGGAAAAGGAGGGCUUCAGAUACUUCUGAAAAAAGGAACGGAUGAGGUCACUUACAGCAGCCUCUGUCUCCCUGAUGACAUCCAGGCAAGAGGACUGGAAUCCAUUCCCAAUUACCUGUACAGGGAUGAUGGGAUGAACAUCUGGUUGGCUAUGGAGAGCUUUGCGUCCAACAUUGUGAAUUACUACUAUGAGAGUGAUGUGGCUGUCAGUAAAGAUCCUGAACUUCAGGCCUGGGUGGCAGAGAUCUACAAAGAAGGUUUCUUGGACAACAAAUCUACAGGAAUGCCCUCAUCCUUGGAGACCAAGGCCUCUUUGAUCAAGUACCUGACCAUGCUGAUCUUCACUUGUUCUGUUCAGCAUGCAGCGGUCAGCAGCGCUCAGUUUGACUUAUAUACCUGGAUGCCUAAUGGUCCGCCAGCAAUGAAAAGUCCCCCUCCAACAGUAAAAGGGGUCAGUACAACCGAGAGUAUACUGGCUACAUUGCCUGAAGUAAACACAACCAGUUUGGGCAUAGCCAUUGUGUGGCAGCUCACUAAAGAUCCAACAGAUAAGAGACAUCUGGGGGAUUACCAUGAUGUGCAUUUUACAGAGGAGGUUCCACAGACAUUCAUAAAAGAUUUCCAGGAGAAACUGGCUAAGAUCUCCCAUUCCAUUAAAGUGAGGAACAAGAGCAUGAAAUUGCCAUAUCCCUACUUGGACCCGACUGAGAUUCAGAAUAGUGUCUCUAUAUAACAUGACUAGUGGCAGUGGAUCUGUUGACUAUGUCUGAACUUGCUACCAGUUUAUCAUGUCUUGAUUUGCACUGUAUUUUCAAGCCACUGUCAUAUUAUCAUGACCUGAUUAGCACUGUCCAUCUGUGUUUUAAAGCCAUUGUCAGAUAAUAUUUGAUGUGAUUAAAAAUGUCAGUACAAGUUG